GGAAAUAUCGGGGUGGCGCUUUUGCUGUGGUCGUCGGUCCGAACUCGUGUGCUAGGAGGGAGAGGUAUACAGAGGCAGGAGACCCCCAGGCGCAAAGGUCUCCUCCUCGCUGCUCUGCAAAGAGAGCAGAGUAGAGAAGAGAUUAAAGGAAAGCUUUGACUGAGUCGAAAAAAACGCCGAAGGGACGAGGAAGAGUGAACGGGCGAGAAACAUCGCGGGAGUCAAUAUGGCUGCCGCGUCAUCACAGCCAACGCCUCUGACCUCAACUCACGGUGCGUCUUCUUCUGCGUGUCUCUGCUCUUCUUCCUGCUGCUCCCGGCGCUGUCGAUCCUCCCGGGCUCCAACACACACUUUCCUCCGCCUUCUACAUACGUUUCUGCUCUUUCUCCCCGAUUGCUUGCGUGCCGUUUCUUUCCAACGUGACGCAUGCGCCUCCUGUCUCCUUUUCCACUGCUCUGCCACUAAAAAUGGAACUCCAGUUCGACGCAGAGCUGCCUCGGCUGCAAACUCGCGCCCUUCCUGCUGCCUCAUCCUGGAUUCAACCUGCCCUCGUUAGUCCUCAUCAUCGGCCCUGUCUUCGCCCCCGUGUCGCUCGGCGCGCUUCCCCUGCGUCGCCUUCUUCCUCUUCUCGAGUCUCUUCUUCCUCUUCGUCUUUCUCCUCUUGCUCAUCUUCUUCCUCUGCUGCGGAGCAUUCCAGGUGCUGUCGUGUCUGUCAAAGCUACCUAGGAGGUGGAGGGAGAGGUGAGGCGCUGCACCUGCCGCUGCGUGGACAGCGGCCUGUACCUCUUGCCCUCGAAAAACGUUUAGACGACCUCGCGAUCAUUUUUUUCAUCAACGGCUGUCUUCGCGGAUCCGGUGAAGACCCAGCAGAGGAACAAGGCUUCUCUCGACCGCAAGACAGGAAGCGAACUCGCCGGACUUGUCGCGAUGCGCCUUACCCGAAUGACCAUCACUCAUUUUCAGUCGCGGCUUCUUUCUCACCAUCCACAUGCUCUCCUUCUUCUUCUUGCGGCUGGGCGCGAGCUGCCGACGGAGAGGCGUCAGGUCUGGCGUCUCGCAGAGUGUGGGAAGAGGCCAGCGCAAGCGGCGACUUGAGGGGGGGUCCGGCUGGGUGCCAUUCAGCAUCUGCUGCGCAUCCAGAGCCGUCGGAAGAUGAGUUGCUCGCGGUCUACUCCGAAGGCUUCUCUGCUCUGUUCGCUUCCGCCGGCCCUUUCUCAAAACACGGGGAGGCAGAGGAAGAAUGUUUUUCGGGGCAAGACAAGGAUCGCAGCCUUCCUUGUCCCCGCGGCUUGUCUGCGUUAAACGCUUGCUGUUUCCACCGUUUCUUCCCCUCCUGUCAGACCCGCGCAUGCGCCUCUUCGCCCCGAUGGUGCAGCUCGAGUCGCUGUCGAGUUGGAGAGGAAAGCAAAGAAGGAAACGCGUCUUCGUAUGAUGCACCCGAGGCCUGCACACUCGUUUCUCUCUCCUCCGCGGUCGGCUGCUCGUGCUCUUCCUCUUCUCCUUUUUCUUUGUCGCCGCCCUGUGGGUCUCGCGCACUUCUUCUGCUUCACCGAGAAUUCGCAAAGACGCCCGCGGGGGUCUUGGCGUGGCACCGCUUGCAGGCGUCGCUGCUGCGCGCCUCCCAGUCUCUGGCCUCCUUCUUCUCUAUGCUGACAGAGGCCUUCUGUCUGCUCCAGAAAUCGAGCUCCCGGCACCGUUGGCCUCCCUUGGUCCGCGCGUGGCUGCUGCCGCUGAGUCGCUGCGGCCCGCUGCCUCUGGAGAGGAGCGAGCAACGAAGGAAGGCGAAACGUGAGAGACAGACGAAGCGCGAGCGGGAGAAGCCGGACGAGGAAGCCGAAGAGUGUGGGCGCGAAGGCGGCGCAUGCAGGGUAGAGAGAGACAGAACGGCGACGCCCAAAGAACCGAUGGGGGGAUCAAUGAAGGCGCGCGACAGCAUCUGGAGACAUCGUUCGCUCUCCGCUUUCUCUUGGUCGCGCCAAGGCUGCACUUUCGCAGACUGGGUUGCCGACGCGUUGGGUCCACUGGCGAGGGAGGUGGCGACGAACUUCCACGUGGUUUUUCAGCUGCAGGGUCUCCUGCAGUUCCUUCUUCCGCCCUUCCCGGCGAGGAGCAGGCGCGUCUCUUUCCCUCCAAAGUCUCUGCCAGGUCGUCCGCCGUUUCGGCCUUCUUCGCCCCCUCCCGAGGUGCCGACGCACGUCUGUAGCCUCGCGGCUUCGUCCAUCGGCCGCGCUUCUCUCGCCGUUUCUUUCUCGCCUGGGUACACGGCUCAGCUGGAAGAGGUCCCGAACGGCCUCAGAUCCUCACUGGCCGCCAUUCGCGAGGCCGCAUGCGUCGGCGACGCGGAAGCUGUCGCGGGAGCCACGCUGUCUUCGCUCCCUUUCGCGGCUUCCGAGGCAGGCGCAGGGCUGGAGCCUGGGCUGGACGCGGGCCUACUGCCCCCGACCGCCGUCGCGCUUCUAGGGUGGUUCUUUCCCGAAGAGGAGGACAAAGAAAAGCAACUUGCCAGCGGACAGAUGCUGCAGAGAGCCACCUUGCUCCGACUGAAAUUCUUCAUCAAACGACUGCGCUCUGCCUUACAGGCGGGACGCCUCAGAGAGGCUUCUCGUCUGGCUCGUCGAGCUUUCCAUUCCUGUCCGUCGUACGGCGGCGAGCUGAUGCAUGCGACGGCCUUGAGUCUGAUCGCUGUUCAGGAGGGGGACCCGGUGCACGCGCUUCGCCUCCUUUCUUUCGCUUUUUCUCGGGGCUCUCUCCUCCUGUCGCUGUCUGUGUCCUCGGCUGAGGCGAGUUCGGGGGAGAAGGGCGAGACAAAAGAAGAGGACGCUUCAAGGGGAGCCGCCGGUCUCCGCGUCACCGAUGGGAGCUUCUUGUCGUGUCUUUUGUCCUCGAUUCCUCUCUCGAGAGAAGCCACCCAGGGCCUGCUGGGCGGCAGAGAGACGCGGACCCAAGGCGCAUUUUUCCUGUCCAGUGACAAAGACCCGGUUUCCCCCUCCGCUCUGUGUCUCUACGUCAUCGGUUUUCUGAGUCUGCGAAUUGCUCGACUCCUCAUCUCCUUCCCCGACCUGCUGUCCCUCCUCACUUGCGACCCAGUGGACACACUGUUCUCUCUCUAUCCCCCCACUGCCUCUCCCGUGCCCCUUCCGGGCCUGCGGCUCCCCUUUUUCCGGUGCCUGCGCGCCCCACAAGCUGGCGAAGAGAGCGGACAAGAGGCAGAGAAUCCAGGCCUGCGUGGAAGCGACAGCAGCGUCUCCUCCGCUACUCCGUCUGGUGCGGGUGUCUCCGUUUCGGCUUCUGUUUUCUCGCGGGCAGGGGAAGGAAGAGCAAAGACAGAGGCCGAAGGAAGCGACGAAGUUUCUGGAGUCAGCGCGCAAUCCGCUCUUGGAGGAGCUGGCGCUCGACUUCGGCCUGCAGAGUCGCCUCUGUCCCGCAGGAGCCUUCUCUCUCCUCCGCAGAGACAGACAACCAGACUGCCCUGUGCUUACUCUGCAACGGGAGAAGAACAGGCGGCGGUGACCACGGGGGCGAGCGACAGACGGGGCUUUGGCGAGCCUCCCACAGAGGGCGGAGCGACACGGGGGGGCCUUCUGUGGGCGACUUCACUGUCGCGCUUCACCGAGGAGUUAGGUUCCACCAGAACCGGAGAGACUGUCCGGCCUGCAAAGAAGAAAAGAGUGAACGGAGGUAACAACUUCUUCGGCGAGCCGAAGGAAAGGACGAGUCUGCGGCAGUCCUCCUGUAUUCCAGACUCACAAAAGCCGUUUCUUCUUCAUGACGAGGGAGAUCAAGGACACAGGAGAGUCUUUUGUAGCGCGGUCCGGAAACUCUCGGCGAGGCGUCCACUCGACGCAGACAGUUCCUUCUCUUUGGAUUCUCUUUUCGAUCACGGGACCCUCGUGUCUCCGUCCUCGUCUCCGUGCACUCCGUCACUGAAUUCUUCUCUUCCAGUCUUUUUCUGCCACGCUCGAUCUCUCUACGAAAGCAGACCGAGCGAAGAACGGGGGGCGGUCGUCGGCGUAGGCUACAACAGCCUCCAGACGUCCUCGCUUGAGGCGUUUCUGUCGCAUGCGCGGAAGAGAAUGAAGCGGCGACGAGACGAAGAGCGAGGACUCAUGCAAAGAGCGGCGGCAGAGCGAGAAGACGGGAGAAGCAGGCAAUCUCGAGGCCCCCGGCGGUCGUUGGAUCGCCUCGGAGAAGACUCGGAGACGGACGAAGGCGGCAGCGACCAGGACGAGGCCUGGUCUAGCGGAAAGAGGCAGAGACAGAGGGCUCGAGCCGUUUUGCUGGGGGCUGCCUGGACAGCGGCAAAAGAGAACGCGCGAGGGAACGCGGAGGACUGGAGCAAGUUGAUGCCGUCGGACAAACCCUCUGUUUUUCGCGCCUUUGGUCCGGAGACGAAGGAGAGUCUUGCGGCUUCUUCACCUUCGGUCUCUCGCUCUACCGGCAUUCUUGGAAUUUUAGCCAGCAAUCUCUUCUUGACGCUCGCCCUGCGGUGCUGUGAACUGCUGAACCUUCCUCGUUUUGUACAGGCUUCGCCUUCUCUCCUCCAGGACGUCGCUGACCAGCAGUCGCUGCAGGCUUCUUCUCGCUUUCCGUCUUUUUCUUCAUUUUGCCGAUCGCCUUCUCGGACCUCCACGCAUGCGUUCUCCUGUCGGCCUUCGUGCCCUCAGGGGUCCAGCUCGCUUCUUCUUCUCUGCCGGCAGUUGCACUUGAAAUGCCUGGUAGCAUGCCUCGUCUCGGCCUGGAGACAGAGCGAGAGGGAGGCAGAGGCGGCAAGAAGAAGAGAGAACAGAAGAGACGCCAGGCGUCCUUCCCACCGAGAAGAAGACGAAGAGGAAGAAGCGUACGCUCUCUCUGCACCGAAACAGUUCCUGGGUCUCGGUUCCGAAACAGAUCUUCUGCAUGAGGUUCUUUCCCUUAUGUCAGCCUUUGUCCAAGGGAGCGGGCGGAACAGAGAGACUCCGGAGUCUCCUGCAGACUGCGGACCUAGCGAAAGACAAGAACAAGGCUUCUUCAUGCAGCGUAGCACUUUCUGGGCGGCUGUCCGCUCGGCGAACCUCAGCGACCAAGAAGGCUGGGAUAUCUUGGCGCUUCUAUGUGCCACUCUAUCGGCAGACGGCGAGGGAGACGGAGAGGCGCGAGACCGCGAAUCUCCCGUCUGCGUCCAACAAUACAGAAAAGCAGAAGCUGGGAUGCGACGAGACUUCUGCGCUCUUCGCCGUCUGUUGUUUCAAAGAGAAGCUGCGUUGAAAUCUCGGACGAGUCGAGGAGGCAGUUGGAACCGACAACCGGGCGAAGCAGAAACAGUGACCGACUGUGGAGCACUUACAAGUGACGCAUGCAGAGAGGACGAAAGAACCGCGAGAGACAAGUCGAAGAACGGGCGAGACGUCGAUGCGCUCGCUCAGGAAGCAGCAGAGACUGUCGCAUUGGAACACCAGCAAGGAGGAAGAGAGCAAGGAGAGGAAGGAGAUGCAAGUGUGUUGAGUACAGGGAAGAGGUAUCCCUUUCGACGGUGCGAUGUCGUCCAAGCUCUCCACGCUCAAGCAGCCUAUCGGCUGUCGGUGAUGGCAGGAGCAGCCAGUGAAAUCCCCUUGGAUUCCUUCUUGCAGAAUUUGCCCGUCUCCUUCUUUUUGUCUCAGACUGGCGCGCCGCGAGCGAUGGUGGCGAGCGGGGGAACGCUGGGUCUGGAGGAGGGGCGACGGUCGAGUGCGGAGGGCCAGGGAGAAGCCGAGGAGCAGACGAAACACAAAUGGCUGUUGGAAGAGUUUAUUCUCGCUGCGGAUAGAGAAGCGGAAGCUGUGUUCUCUGCUGGUUUGCCGGCGAGUUUGAACGAAUACUGGGGGACCGGGCCGGACUCUUCCGGUUUCACUGCCUAUGAGGACGAGAGAGAAAACAUUUUCACCUUCUUGCAAGACUUCCCCACUCUUCAGCAGCUCCUCUCUCUUGCAGGUGCAAAGCAUGGAGAGGACUGCGAAGAAGAGGAGCGAGACGGCGCGAGAGACGAGUUGUUCAUUGCAGCAGAUCUCCGCCUCCUCCUCAUUCUUGUCCAUCUCCGGAACUUGUCCCCCAUCCGUCACCUUCUUCUUCGUCUCGACGACUCCGUAGCGAGACUGCAGGCGAAGCGCGGCAUGGGGAGACGCGGGCCGGCGAUUGCAAGUCGUGGAGAAAUUUGUUUUGUCAAGGGAAUGACUCUCGCCUUCCUCGCAGGCGCAGAGAAGAGACGCAUGCGAGAGAGGCUGGACAGCGAGAACGGCGCCCCCGGCCCGAGCAAGAAGAGCAAGCACAUCAGACAAGUUUGGAUGCCGGCGCGCACAGACAAAGGAGAGAAACACCCGAACGCGGAGGUCCGGCGAACAUCUCUGCGGCCUUGGUCGGCGUCUCCGGCCGUCGGGUCAAGAAGGAAGCUGACUCUGCCCUUUCCGCUGUCUGGACAGCCGUGCGCGGGGAACUCUGUGUCGUUUUCUCCUCGCGGUCGCGGCCAAUGCUGCGGCGCGAGUGAGGCCAAGAAGCGGAGUUUGUCGGCGCAGACGAAAGGCGACGGGGCGCAUGGGUCGCCCGCGUCUGCUCUCUCUGUCGUCUCUUCGUGUUUCGCGGCCUCGCUGUCAAACACUCCGAAGCGGCUCCGCAGAUGUCUCUCCCCCUACCACCGCCAGGCGUCUCUCGAGAGAAACGAGGAGCGACUCGAAGACGAGGCAGAGACCGAAGGCGGAGCAGGGACAAGGCAGCGAGCCACGGAGGAGGCAACGUCGUCGCAGACUCGAAAAACGCAAAAUGGCACAGGCUGCUGUCAGGGUGACCAGGCAGCUGCCCUGCUUGCUUGCGAGGACGAGGCGGGGGCGGGAAAGGCGGAGGGCGAAACUGGGGAAGCGCCCGAUGGAACGGAGACGGACCAGGAAGGUUUCUUCGAGAUGCAUGCACGGAAUCAGAGAGACGACCGCCUGCGCUCGGUCAAUGCAACGCCUGCGCACCCAGUCGGCCUCUCCAGCACUCGCGACUCCGACAUGUUUUCUCCUCUCUCGGCUGCUUCUUCCGCUUCUCGUGCUUCCUCUCUCUCGUCCCUGGCGCGCCCCCGCCAUCUCGGAUCGCUCGCUGCUGGGGCUUCGCAGGAGGCUUUCUGGCCUCUGAGAGGCGCCCAGGUGAAGCGGGCCGUAGGCUCGGGAGCUGCGGAGGAGCGCGGUGACUUUUCGCGGUGGAGCUCUUCCUCUGCUUCCUGGAGAGACUCAGAGGAUUCUUCCUGCGUCGCCGCCUGGCAAGAAGAAGGCGACGAGAGGGCCGACGCGACCAAGCGAGGAUCGGGCGAUUUAUUGGGACUCGGUCUCUCACUUCUGCCUCGAGACCCGUUGUGUGAGGCGAGGCGGCUCGGGGAACGAGGUACGCAAGCCGAGCAGAGUGUCAUCAGGAGAGAGACAGAGAUGUCCCUUCUCCUGUUGCAUGCGCGCCUGCACUUAGAGCGGGCUCUGAGCAUCUGGAGAACUCAAGGAUUCUCCGUGGGAGUGUUUGGAGGUUACCAGCAGCGCGCAUGGGUGAAGGAUGCCUACUGCGUUCUCUUGGCUGCAUGUGGCCAGGAAAGGCGUCUGCUGGAGAAACUCGCUGAACACGGAGGCGCAGGUUCAUCUUUCUCCUCUCUUGGGGUGAGAUGGGUGGCGAAGGCGAUGGCAGGAGGCACUCAAACAUGCGAAGGAAAUCAGCCAACAGGGGGCUGCGAGAGUCACGAAGGCCUCGAAGAAAAGUAUAAAAUCAAAGAAGUCCUCGCACAUCAACUCGAAAGGGUGAAGGAGCAUAUCUUUUUCUACAGAACGAAACUGGCGGAGGCAUCCGACCCUCACUUUCAGUUCUCCCGUGUUUUUCGCGAUCAACGCGCGAAUUAAAAUACAGAUCGGGAAAUCUCAUGAGGCGGAAAAAACAAAGACGCUGAGACAGAUGCAGCUGUCUCUUUUCGCCGGAUUCCUCCCGUCCGUUCUUGUAGUGAAUGUUACCGACCAGAGGACUACCGAGGUGAUUUCUUUCACUUUCUUUCUGCUGGUCUGCCUAGUGCUCUUCGGUUCUUCGCUGCGUCUUGUCUGUGCUUUUUUCUUUCUCUGUCCCCUCUGUCCUUCAGUGCCCUCUGCCGCUGAUUCGACUUCUGCUCGUGGCACCUGCGACGGGGAAGAAAGAAAGGGAGACUCCAGGGAUGGCAUGUGGUGGCUUGUGUUUUGAUUCGGUGCCUGAAUGCGAAGUGGCUAAACAAACCCCCGACAUCGCGAAAGGGCAACGAGAGAGCCCAGUUCUACGGGGAGGUCUCUUUCUAUUGUCUCCCGGUGUACGGACCACACAACACAGGUUUUGUAACUACCGUUUUGCCAAAGAAACUUAUCCAGUUCGAAUGCGUCGGCC